UCCGGCUCACGCGUCUGACGAGCUCAGUGCCAAAUGGAGGAGAAAAAGAAAACAGAAAAGAAAAAGCUGCCCAGGAAGUUGCCUAAACGCAAGAGCCGCUUCAAACGCUCGGAUGGCAGCACAUCUUCCGACACAACGUCCAGCUUCAUCAAACGGCAGGGGUCGGCCGAUUCGUACACCAGUAGGCCGUCGGAUUCAGACCUGUCAGCGGAGGAGGACCGCGAGGCGUAUCGGCGUGAAGCCGAGCGCCAGGCACAGCUGCAGCUGGACAGAGCCAAGUCCAAACCUGUGGCGUUCGCAGUGAAGACGAAUGUGAGUUACUGCGGAGCCCUGGAGGACGACUGCCCCGUCCACGGAGCUGCAGUCAAUUUUGAUGCCAAAGACUUCCUGCACAUCAAAGAAAAGUACAACAAUGACUGGUGGAUCGGCCGGCUCGUGAAAGAGGGAGCGGACGUCUCCUUCAUCCCCAGCCCUCUGCGACUGGAGGCCAUGAGGCUCAAGCAGGAGCAAAAGCAAAGGAAAACAGGGGGUAACUCCUCCAGUUUAGGGGACAUGGUGACUGGGAAUUGGAGGACCACCCCGCCCUCUGCAGGUGAAUCCAAACAGAAGCAGAAACAGGAUCACGUCCCCCCCUACGACGUGGUGCCCUCCAUGAGGCCGGUGGUCCUCGUGGGACCAUCGCUGAAGGGCUACGAGGUGACGGAUAUGAUGCAGAAAGCUCUCUUUGACUUCCUGAAACACCAAUUCGAGGGAAGGAUCUCAAUCACUCAUGUAACUGCUGACCUGUCUCUAGCCAAGAGGUCGGUGCUCAACAAAAGGCCCAUGAUGGAGAGAUCCAACACUCGCUCCAGCAUCGCGGAGGUCCAGAGUGAGAUUGAGAGGAUAUUUGAACUCGCCAAAACCCUGCAGCUGGUGAUUCUGGACGCGGACACCAUCAACCAUCCCGCGCAGCUCGCCAAAACCUCCCUCGCGCCCAUCGUGGUCUACGUGAAAGUGUCCUCGCCGAAGGUGCUGCAGCGGCUGGUCAAGUCCAGAGGGAAGUCUCAGAGCAAGCACCUGAAUGUGCAGAUGAUGGCCGCGGACAAACUGUCCCAGUGCCCCCCUGAAAUGUUUGAUGUCAUUCUGGAUGAGAACCAGCUGGAAGAUGCGUGUGAGCAUCUGGCUGAAUACCUGGAGAUCUACUGGCGCGCCACUCACCUCCCGAGCCACGCCCCUCUGAGCCCCUCAUUGGAGCAGAGUCUGAUGAGCCCUUUGUCCGCCGUCUCCAGCCUGCAGAACAAGAACCAGCCGCAGCCUUGUGAGGCGGUAAGCAAGGAGGCGGAGGAGGAGGAGGAGGAGGGUGAGGAGGAGGAGGGUGAGGAGGAAGAGGAGGAGGAGGCAGGCGAGGAGGCCCACUCCCCCCUGGAGCAGGACAGCCUCAUGCCGUCCGACGAGGCCAGCGACUCCCUGUCUCGCAGCCGCAGGGGGAGCCCGUGUCACAGGGGGGUCGAGGAGGAGGAAGAAGAGGAGGACGAGUACGCCUCCCCCUGCCACGCUCACACAUACGGGGACAUGUACCCCCCUAACCGCGGGCACGCCGCCGGCGCCCACGGCGCCAACGGGCACGAGUCACGGGACAGGCUGCUCCAACGCGAAGCUCAGCAGGGUCACAACCAGAGGAACAACCGGCAGCGCAGCCGGCCCUGGCCCCGAGACACCUACUGAGGAGGGGCCCCCCCCCACUGAGGAGCGAGGCCCCUCCUCCUGCCUCCAGAUCCGCACCGAGAUCACCCCCGACUGUCGCACGUUCCAAAACAAACGAUUUAGAGAUUGAAAAGACCCCAAAAAAUCACCUUUUAACCCUUGUGUUGCCUUAGGGUCAUUUUGACCCGAAUCAAUAUUACACCCUCCCCCCGCUUUAGGAUUAAUUUGACCCCAUUCAAUGUUUAAUGUCGGUGUUCUUUCGGUAGUCAACAAACAAACAUAAAGUGCCUCACACUUAAACUUGGAAAACAAUAUUAAUUCUAAUAAUUUUCUGGAGGUUUUAAUUGCUGGCGUCAAAUUGAACCCAAAGGGUAAAAUAUGUUAGUAAAUAUAAAGGUAACAGGAGGGUGAAACAUUGAAUCGGGUCAAAAUGAUCCAGAGGCGGG